AUGGGAGGAAAAGGUGUGAUGAUGGUGGCGAUACUCUGCCUAUGGGCACUCUCUGCAACCUCAGAAGCAGUUGUAACAGAGGCAGAGCCAGGCUUGAUGAUGAACUUCUACAAGGACACGUGUCCUCAGGCCGAAGACAUCAUCCGUGAACAAGUCAAACUCCUCUACAAACGCCACAAGAACACUGCUUUCUCUUGGCUCCGUAACAUCUUCCACGACUGCGCCGUCGAGUCAUGCGAUGCGUCGCUUUUGCUGGAUUCGACAAGAAGAGAGCUCGGAGAGAAAGAGCACGACAGGAGUUUCGGACUGAGAAACUUCAGAUACAUUGAAGAGAUCAAGGAAGCUCUUGAGAGAGAGUGUCCCGGUGUUGUCUCCUGUUCUGACAUCCUCGUCUUGUCCGCAAGGGAAGGCAUCGAAGCAGUGGGAGGACCACAUAUUCCGUUGAAGACAGGAAGGAGAGAUGGACUGAAAAGCAGAACUGAUAUGCUUGAGUCUUACCUUCCCGACCACAACGAGAGUAUCUCCGUCGUUCUUGAAAAGUUCAAAUCCAUCGGAAUCGACGCUCCCGGCCUCGUCGCCCUCCUCGGAUCACACAGCGUGGGAAGAACUCACUGUGUGAAGUUGGUGCACCGUUUGUACCCUGAGGUGGACCCAUCUUUGAACCCGGAGCACGUCCCUCACAUGCUACACAAGUGUCCUGACUCGAUCCCUGACCCAAAAGCGGUCCAGUACGUGCGUAACGACCGUGGUACUCCCAUGGUGCUAGACAACAACUACUACCGUAACAUCCUAGACAACAAGGGCUUGCUCCUUGUGGACCACCAGCUCGCACACGACAAAAGGACCAGACCAAUUGUUAAAAAGAUGGCUAAGGACCAGGCCUAUUUCUUCAAGGAGUUCACAAGAGCGAUUCAGAUCUUGUCCGAGAACAACCCUUUGACUGGUUCCAAGGGUGAGAUCAGGAAACAGUGUAAUCUCGCCAACAAGAUCCAUUGA